GGCUGGUUUUGUGGAAGACGCGGUCAAGUUCGGAGGCCCUGUGAGCAGGGGUGUGGGCAGGAAGCUUAAAGAAGGCGGCUGCGCCCCAAGGGCCACACUCGGGGUCCCUGGCCUUGGUCCCCCUGCCGGGACUGGCAGUGUGUCAAGAUGGGCAGGAAUGGCGAUUCCCUGGUGGUUGAACCAGCAUUUACUGAAGGCAUUUGCCCUGGACUGUGCCAGCCCCCAGGUGCUGAGAAGCAUCCGGACACAGAGAGGUGCUUCCUGAAACCACACAUCAGGAUGGGGACUCAGCCUUGUCUGCGGAAGGGGCCAUGCAGCUCCCGCCUGUCAGGGCCAGUCUGGUGUCCGUGGGUGUGGGUGGAGCUGGAGGGGCUGGCUGUGUGCAGGAGGCUGAGUGAGCUGCCUGCUAAUGGGGCCGGGCCACCCUGAGCUGCUCCCUGGGGGCUGGACAAGGCCUGGAUUGUUCCUUGGCUCCUUUUGUCUCACUCCCCGCCCAGGCCUGGCCCGCCUGCCACUCUCUCCCUCCCGUCAGACUGGCUGGCAGGAGCCUGGGACUCUGCCGGAGGAGCCCUGGGCCUGCUGACCCACCAGCGUAGGAGCACCGGCCAAGCUUGGGGUCAGCGUGGAGGUGCUGGGCUGCCAUGCUCAGUCUCAAGCUACCCCAACUCCUUCGAGUCCACCAGGUCCCUCGGGAACCUGCUGGCGACCCCUCCCCAGAGCCCCCUCCUUCCCCGGGGCUCCCGGUCUGUGCCCGCCCCCGCCUUCCUCACUGUCCCCUCCUCCGUUUCUCCUCCGCUCUCUGGACCUGCGGUGUUCUGGGAGGACGGCAUCAUGUCUGGCUACCGCCGCCCCACCAGCUCGGCCCGGGACUGUGUCCUCAGCUCCUUCCAGAUGACCAACGAGACGGUCAACAUCUGGACUCACUUCCUGCCCACGUGGUACUUCCUGUGGCGCCUGCUGGCGCUGGCGGGGGGCCCGGGCUUCCGGGCAGAGCCGUACCACCGGCCGCUGCUUGUCUUCUUGCUGCCCGCCUGCCUCUACCCCUUUGCUUCGUGCUGCGCCCACACCUUCAGCUCCAUGUCGGCCCGCGCGCGCCACAUUUGCUAUUUCCUGGACUACGGCGCGCUCAGCCUCUACAGCCUGGGCUGUGCCUUCCCCUAUGCCGCCUACUCCAUGCCGGCCUCCUGGCUGCACAGCCGCCUGCAUCAGCUCUUCGUGCCUGCUGCCGCACUCAAUUCCUUCCUGUGUACCGGCCUCUCCUGCUACUCUCGCUUCCCUGAACUCGAGAGCCCUGGGCUCAGUAAGAUCCUCCGCACAGCUGCCUUCACCUAUCCCUUCCUGUUUGACAACCUCCCGCUCUUCUACCGGCUUGGAUUAUGCUGGGGCAGAGGCCACACCUGUGGGCAGGAGGCGCUGAGCCCCAGCCACAGCUACCACCUCUUCUGUGCGCUACUCACCGGCUUCCUCUUCGCCUCUCACCUGCCCGAGCGGCUGGCCCCAGGGCGCUUUGACUACAUUGGCCACAGUCACCAGCUGUUCCACAUCUGUGCUGUGCUGGGCACCCACUUCCAGCUGGAGGCAGUGCUGGCCGAUAUGGGAUCUCGCCGGGCCUGGCUGGCCAUGCAGGAGCCGCCCUUGGGCCUGGUGGGCACAGUAGCCACGCUGGGCCUGGCAGUGGCUGGGAACCUGCUCAUCAUUGCUGCCUUCACAACCUCUCUGUUUCGGGCCCCCAGCACAAGCCCCCUGCUGCAGGGCAGCCCCUUGGAGGGGGUUGUGAAGGCCAGACGACACUGAGGUCCCAUCUCUGAGCCUGCCCCACCCCACCCAGGGGAAGGUAGAGGCCAGGCUGGAGGCUGGGAAGGAGCCCAGAUCCCAGAUGAGGUCUGAUGAGGUGGGGUGCAGGGGGAGCCUGGAGCCAAGAAUGGCUGAGGAGAGAGGGCAUAGGGAAUGAGGGGGCAGAGGAAGUGCUGGCUGUAAGCAGGAGGGGCAAGGAAUGUGUGCUUAGUGGGGCCAGGGCAAGUGCUGAGGGUCUGAGAGGGGCAGUGUGAGCAUCCAGGCUGCAGCUAGCCCCCGGCAGGAGGCUGGGGACGGGGGUGCUGCGGCCCUUCCACCCACUUCCAUCCUGGCCUGCAGGCCUCUGCCCAACACACGGGAGAACUAACAUUACUAACGUAGCACCCCCCCACUAUGCUGUUCAUCAGGCCACGAGGCCCACUGUGCCUUCACCUCCCAAACCAGAUGCCACCUGCCGGCAGUGCUUGGCACCCCCCCCAGUCCCCCAGGAUGUGCCUGUCACCACACAUAACUCAGUGUGUCCAGGCCUUUGGGUCUUUCUGGAUGUCAUGGGACGGUGUGGUAGGGGGGCACCCAUUAUAGUCUUAGGAAGCUGCCUCCCGGGCUUCCAGUUGAGGUGGGUACAAAUAAACCAAUCAACAGCA